GUGAUCAAUCAAGCUUGUACGUGCGAUUGUUGUUCCCGUUUUUGAAAGGGACUGGCUAUUAAAUUCAAUUCAACCCUAGCCGCCUUUCUACAAAGCCAUCGAGAAGUCAUGGCGAAUGAAAUCCACGUAACAGUUGAAUUCACGAAUGGAUUGGAGAUUCUGUUUGAUAAUGUUUCAAAGCAUUCGAUCACUUUAUCUGCUGAUGCGGACAACGGCAAGUCGCCUACAGUCGGCUAUCUGGUCAACUACAUCUGUGACAAUCUAAUCAAAGACCCAAGAAAAGAGCUCUUCAUCUUGGAUGGCGCAGUUCGGCCUGGGAUCCUAGUGUUGAUCAAUGACUCCGACUGGGAACUCGAAGGUGAAGACAAAUAUGAGUUGACCGACAACGACAACGUCCUGUUCGUUUCUACACUGCAUGGAGGCUGAAGACCCUACGAUCCUUUCCGGUGCAGGAUCGACCAUCGGCAUCUGAUAUGGUGGUUUUCAAUGUGGAUUGCUUAAAUGUUUGUUGAGGCCGGGACCGCGAUUGAUAAAUUGGUCACAAGAUUGCAUGGCUGUUCAUACGACGUCGUGCAUUCUCAAGGUCAAGUCCUCGGAAUCUUCAGGUGUCUUGUACCCUGAAGAUCGCGGAUCCGGCGUACCAGGAUCACUGCGAGGUGUCGCCCGGCCACUGCGAGGACUGGCAAGACCACUCCCUAACCCUGGGACCGGUGUUACAAAUCCGCUAGGCGGAGCAGGUGCCUUGAUGCCUUCUGGCGAAGCGGGAACGAUCUCUGGAGGAAGAUCUGGGAUCGGGAUCCGCUUAGCUUCAUUGUUGUAGCUUGCCGGGAUGAUCUACAAAUGGUCAAUUUAUGGUCGACUUCGAAUCAUCCGCUCAUACCUCAAUGAUCUCAUUUCGAGGAAAUGAGAGGAAUGGAAUAUCAGCUGCGUUGCAGGCCAUCAGGUAGCCGUACAAGACACGAAGGACACUCUCAUGUGCAAUGAUGAGCAAAUCAUUCUGCUCUCUCUCCAGUUCCAGAAUGAUGGGUUCUAGUCGAACGGCGACAUCAUGAUAAGACUAGAAAUCUUAGUUGCAGUUCAUCACCAAGAGAAUAGGAAUGCUUACCUCGGCC